AUGGACGCCAUAACAUUCUUUUUCAUGCUUCUGGAAAGCCUCAUCCAGUACAUGCAGCCUGUGGGUGAUGUUUUGGAUGAGGAGAAACAUCUGCGCAUGGAGCUGCAUGGAAAGCGUUUGCAGAGGAAGAGAAUUAGACUGGAGCAGCAGGUGGAGCAGCUCACCCUGAAACAGAGUGGAGGGGUCUGGGGUGACCAGCUCUGCUUUGCUUUGCAGCCCUGGCAGGUCUGGGCUGUUGCUGGGCUCCUCAUCCUUCUCUUGGGACUGUAUUUCUCCUGGAAAAAAAGGAGUGAUGAGGCAGAGAACAGCAGCGAGGGAGAUGAAGACCAUUUUUCUGACAAUGAUCUGAAAUGGCUUCUAGACGAGCGCAUCCGGUGGCCUGUACAGGACCUGCAGAGAGGCUGCGAGCGGACAAUAGACCUGAUGGACAAUUACACAGUUUAUUUUGGACAUGUUUUGUCAAACAGUUUCUACCCAGUCCUGCAAAGAGCCAUCGGGGUGGGCAGUGCCUUUGAAAGCUGGAGUCCCCGUGAGCAGGAUGUGGUGUACCGCGUGCUCAUCCCCAUGACUCCUCCGCGAGGCCACAGCUUCCACCUGGAGCUGGACAGUGCAGGGCAGAGGCUCGUGAGGAACUUCCGUGUCCGCGUGCAGCUGGAGUGCACCUGCACCAGGGAGCAGCAGGCUGAGAACAUGCUGUGUUUCCUGCACCACCCCGAGGAGGAGCUGAGAAGGAACCAGGAUCCCAGCCUCCUGGACACCCUGUGCACCGGCUCCUACCUGGACGUGCAGAAAACUGCCCGCUGGUUCUACCAACUGGUGAGAGCAGUCUGGCCAGCUUUGCCUCAGUCCCACAACUGGCACUUAGUGCUGCUGCCCUCCACACGCUCCUGCCAAUUCAAGGUGACCAACGGCAGGGAAAGCUUCAGGACUGAGAUGGUCUUCGGGGUGCGGAGAGGUGACUCUGACAUCUUUGUGAGCAGCCAGUCAGGAUAUGCUGGAACCCCAAGCACUCUGUGGCUGGAGACCUAUGAUGUGGCAGAGAUGAAGUUCUUCAAGCACAUUGCUAGGCAGGCCCCCCCAGACAGCUUGCACCUGAGAUGCCUGCAGCUCUUCUCCCAUCUUCAGCUGGGCUUCGGCUUUUCCACCUACACCAUGAAGACCAUUGUCAUGCACCUCCUGAACACCGUUCCCGUGUCACGAUGGCGCAGGAGGUAUUUUUUGCGGCGCCUGGGAGAUAUCAAUGCGAACCUGCGCCGCUGCCUGGAGGAGAAAUGCCUUAAGCACUUUGUCAUAGGCAACAAGAGAUUGCCUCAGGAGAUUAGCUUGCCUCUGGACAUUGCAUCAGCUGAGCCACCCAAUCUCUUCUAUCAUCUGGCAUGGUAUCCAGUUGCCCACUCCCAGGCAAUGAGCGAGUACCGGGAUCUUCGGCAUCGGCUCACAAGUGUGCUGCUCAAUGGCUGCUGA